CGAUACAGCCGCUCCAGACAGCGGACACUAUUGAAUUUUCAAUCAACUAUUGCGCUGUCGGGGCGCCGGAAAACAAGACAAAAACACGGCACACAGGGGGAUGACGAACCGCUGUUGUCUAAAGAUGAGUUGCUGGAGGUAGGAAUUGCGGAGCUGCAUUAUAAGCUGAAUAAAAUCCUGGACAAUCAGAACGAAAUCCUAGCGCGCCUUUGCCAGGUGGCUAACAACAGGCCGACCACCGAAUUCUACAAGGUCAAUCAGGACUACUUUCAGGUGACUGACCCUGAAGAACUAUCAAAUCUGGAUGCCAAUUUUUCCAAACCGAACAAUCAAUAUACAUAUCUAAUUUACCACAUUCUAAGACCUGAAGGACGAGUAGAACCUUUGAAGAAGAAUUUCUCGAAAUACGAUGUUCUCAUGGCGUACAACUACGAUGGUGUGAGCACUAAACAGUCCUUUAAGCAGUACAAAAACAUAAAUAAAACCAUUUUUGGAAUCCUAAAUACGGAUGGAUACACCCAAGCGGACUAUGUCGCCGAUAUCAGAGCUGCCUUUCACACGUUAAAGCGUCGUUAUCACAAAAGAAACCAUGAUUUAAGGAGAAAAAUUAAGAGGACCCAGGAAAGCCAACCGAACUCUGACUGGGAAUAACUGAUACUUUUGUAUAAGCUUUAAAGUUUUUUAUAUCAGGCGCGCAAACAAUUCAUAUAUUUGCUUAUCUCAACGAAAGGAGUAAAAAGCUAAACUGGUUUUUGGCUCUUUUUGCAAGUUUUGUUCUUUCCACUUUAAUUAGGUUAUUUUUGGUUUACAAAGCACCUCAAAACGCCAGCCUUUCAAACCGUAACGUUAUGGUCGACAUCCCCUUAAAAAAAAAUAUGGAUCAAUGAUUUCACCACUCAAUAAGAUUCAGCCUGACUUUUAGAAUUAUAGUAAGUUAUUUAUUUGUUUUUGCUUUACUUAUAUUUAUACCCAUGCAAAGGAUUUAUAAUAAAGACAAAUCCGCCGCUAUAAUGUAUAAAUAUUCAUUAACUGUAACGUUGAUCUAGCCAUUUCCAUUUGUUCGUCGAACUAGUUUCUCAGUUUUAAAGAUUUCUGUAUAAAACUUUCCCAAUGUGUUCUUUAUUUUUAGCAUCGGAAAA